AUGUGGUACCGUCCAAGGCUUCUCUUGUGGUUCCAAGCCGUAGCCCUCAGUCUCGCCGGUUCCCUCCGGAGGCAGUCUGUGGACCAGCAGGAUCAAGUGUUCCUGGAUGGGUCUGCUGCGCACAAAUUCCUGAGCCGUAAACUCCUUUAUAACCACUGGGAUUUAGAAUUGAUUACCCCAGAUAACCUGGAACGUGAAUGCAUAGAGGAAGUCUGCAACUACGAGGAGGCCCGUGAGGUCUUUGAGAACGACUUCAAAACAAAAGAAUUCUGGGAGACUUACCAACACAAUGGAAGAGGAGGAGCAAGACAGCCGGGCGUGGAUGUGGCUGGCUUGGUGGCAGGCCUCAUAGCAGCAGUGGUAGCCACAGUCAUGUUUGUGAUUGUGGCUAUGUAUUGUCUCAAAUACCGAGUUAAGCAGAGGACCCUAUCCAGGACUCGGGAGAACCUCUACCCUGAGGUACCCCUAGCCUGUUUUAGUGAGGAGCCAGAGACUGCACCCAGACUUCCAUCUUACGAGCAAGCAAUGGCAUCUGCAGGUGUGCACGACGCACCUCCCCCACCUUACAACAGGAGUAGCACCAACACAGCCCCACCAACUUGA